AUUUGUCCGAAAUCGGGGACACAUUGAGCACACCACAAGCAGUACCGAUAAUUUUGGCCAAUAACGAUCAUAGUUUCAAGCUUGACGAAGAAGCCCUAAAAAAAGUUUUAUUAAAAGACGAACUCAAAGACCGAUACGUUGUGGUUGUUUCAGUAGCAGGAGCUUUUAGACAUGGAAAAUCAUUUUUACUCGAUUUCUUUCUUCGUUACAUGAAUUCAAAGUAUGUUCAAAAACAAAAUAUAUCCGAUUGGAUAGGAUCGGAAGAUGCUCCAUUAACCGGGUUUUCGUGGAAAGGGGGCUCAGAAAGGGACACAACUGGCAUUUUGAUGUGGUCUGAGGUGUUCCUAACCGAGCUUGCCACAGGAGAGAAGGUGGCUAUAAUUCUGUUGGAUACCCAAGGGACCUGGGACAGUAAAAGUACAGUAAAAGAAUGCGCUACAAUUUUUGCAUUAAGCACAAUGAUCAGUUCUGUGCAAAUUUAUAAUUUGUCCACUAAUAUACAGGAGGAUGAUUUGCAGCAUUUACAGAUACUGACCAAAUGGUCUGGAGGUCAGCGACAAUCCAGCAUCCUGAGCUGCAUCGCUCAGGAGGCACAUCAUUGUGGCUUGCUUUCCUCCGAGAUCGCCUGUUUUCUGAUGCCCCAUCCAGGGAAUAAGGUGGCCACGAGCCCCACGUUUGACGGGGCAGGCAGACUGUCAGAAAUCGAUCAAGAAUUCAAGGACAACCUGAGGAUUUUAGUACCAAUGCUGUUGGCGCCGGAAAAUCUGGUUUUGAAGAAGAUCAACGGGGAGAAGGUGAAAGUGCGCGAUUUCGUGCAGUACUGCAAGUCGUACAUGCAGAUCUACGAGGGGAACGAGUUGCCCGAACCCAAGUCUAUGUUGGUGGCAACCGCGGAGGCGAACAAUCUGGCAGCGGUGGCCGACGCCAAGGACGUCUACAUCCAGCUGAUGGAGGACGUGUGCGGCGGUGCCAAACCGUACUUAAAAACGGAAGCCAUCGAGACCGAACAUAGGAAGGUUAAGGACAAGGCCAUCGAACAAUUCAACAAGAAGAAGAAGAUGGGAGGGGACGAAUUCAGUGCCAUGUACAAGGACCAAUUGGAAAAGGACAUCGAAGAGACGUUCCUCCAGUUCAAGUCCCACAACGAGAGCAAAAACAUCUUCAAGUCGGCGCGAACGCCCGCAGUGUUUUUCGCGCUGGCCGUCUUCUUCUACGUCACGUCCGGCCUGUUCGGCCUUUUCGGCCUCUACUCCCUGGCCAACCUGUGCAAUUUGGGCAUGGCCGUGGCCUUCAUCACCCUAAUGGUGUGGUCCUACGUCAGAUAUAGUGGCGAAUUAAGAGAAGUGGGAGUAGCGAUCGAUGAAACUGCCAAUUUUAUUUGGGAAAAUCGGUCCUAUUUUAAAAAGCGAAAACUAAGAAAACAGAGUAUGUAUCAAAAAAUAAUAAUUAAUCUGUGCAUGCGGCUUUGCGAAAACACUUUUUAGCGUAAUUUUUUAUUA